AAUUUUUAUCAUUGGAACCUCCAAAAUAAAGAGCUUUUUACUUUACUUCCUCUUUUUAUUAAAUGCCCCGUUUUCUUUGAGGUUCCCAGCAACCAGCCACCCAGUUGUGAGCAUAAGUACCUACAGCACUGCAGUGCCAACUGUUAGCAGGCGACCAGUGGUUAAGCAGCCUGGCGCGCCAAUCUCCCCACCCGGGCCGCUUCUACCCAAGCGGAACGAAGUGACAUCCCACCUCCCGUCCUGUCCAGAAGCUCGAUCGUGCCCCUCUCUUGACGCAAGAAUACCAGACAAGAAUCAAAACCUUGACCCGCCAUUUCAGCAAAUCCAUCCAGGGGAAAGUGUCUACUCUCUUUUUCACCAUCGCGACCAUCACAUCCCGACACACACACAUAUCGAGCGAGGAACCUUCGAUUCGUUUUAGCGAUUCAGUUUUGUUCUUGAGCAACCACCACCAAACCGUCCAUUCGCCCAAGAAAGCCAGGCCGCAAUCAUGAAUCCCCACCAGGCGAAGAAGAUCGAUGUCAAGUCCCUCUCCCCUGAGGAGCAGCGCCUCUUCCGGCUCUACGGCAAGCUCCCCAGCAAAUCGGACCACUUCGCCAAGCAUCUCAAGGAGCGCAAGUACUUUGACAGCGGCGACUACGCGAUGAGCAAGGCCGGAAAGGGCGACAGCGUCGACACGGGCUCCGUUGGCAGCCAGCACCCCGUUCCCGAGAACAUCCCCCAUCUGUCGAGCCCCGUCAGCGGACCCAACGGCAUUGGGAGCAUCCUCCAUCCCCACCAUCAUCAUCAGCAUCACAAUGUCAGCAUGCAGGCCGGCAGCCCCGUCAAAGAGAGCAGCUUUCUUAACCGGGAGACCAGUGCCGAGGAGCUCGAGAAGGGUGUCCCGGUCUCUGGUGCCGGUGCAGAGAACGGUCAGGCUGGUGCUGAGCCGGCUGUUACACCCACCGCUCAGGACGAGCUUCCGACUAGACGAUAAACACACAAUUUGUACGUGAUUACUGCCUAGGACGGCCAGAGAAGGGGUAUGGACAACAGGGGGGGAAACCGAAGGCAGAAAGAUGAAAAGAGAAAGAGAGAGAGAGAGAGAGGCUGUUGCACUCGAGGCAACUCAAAUUACGAGAUAUGAGGGCUUGCUAUUUUCUUUUUAACUCUUUUGUUGGUGUCUGCGGGCGUUCUGUAUUUCUUUGGGUUGGGGGAAAGGGCCCGGGUUCCCUGUUGCGGAUGUUGGUUGCUGUUUGAUGUAUGAACGAUCAUGACGAACAAUGUAGGAAGGGAUGGGGAGAGAAGAGCGAGGAAGGGCAUUGGUAUUAUCUUCUCUGAAGUUAUUGAAAAUUGGAACUUGACAUACUGGGUGGUGUUUCGCUGCGGGGGGUUCAUUGUUUGUUUCGCACCCCCAAGCCCGCCCGCCACACGUUUUCUCGUCAAUAUUGACACUCAGAAUGGAAAGCUGAUUCAGCCAUCUACUGGAUAGAAUGCGGGCCUAGUGUGAGUUUCGAGACUGGAGAAGCAUUGGGAUGUGAAAUUUGAAUAUGAGCACACAAGAUAAUAGCCUUAAAUUUGAGCUUCUUUGCUUUUUUGACUUCUUUUUUUAUUUAAAGUAUGUAUUACUUUAACGCUUCCUUCGAGAUUGAUAGGAAGAAGUAAUCUGAGCUCUCU